UUAUUCGAUUCCGUAGAGCUGAGCCAUACGCCCAUACCAUCCCGGAGUUUCUCUGCAGUUCUUACUUCAUUUUGGGGAACACUACAGCGUUUUCAGGUCAUUUCAAAUCGGAGACCAGCGUUUGCUAUUUUUGUGAUUAUUUGCAUUUUUAUAUGCGGAUUUUCGUACUCGAUUUUCAUCUGGAUGCAGUAUAAUUGGAAUUAUUGCCUGAAAUUUUGAAAGAGACAACGCAAAUUUGAGGUCAAUAGCGGAGCACUCAGGCAUAUAAUUCAGAAUGGAAGCUGAAGGAAUGGAAAUCUCAAAGAAACGUAUGAAACCUUCUGUGAAGGAAAUGGAUGAGUCUGAAGGUGCUAUUGUAAAGGUUUCAGAAGAGGAAGCUGAAACAAAUACCAUGGCUUCUGAACAAGUGGAACUAGAGAUUGCUCAAAUUCUAGAAAAGAUCAAUAGAUUUACUCAGCUGGUGUCUGAGAUGCUUGAAUCAGGGAAGUCCAUGCUGAAGGAAGUAAGCAAUGAAUUUGAAGAACGAGUGAUUUUAAUACACCAGGAGCAGAUGGAAAAAUGGCAGGAGGAAAUCAAGGAGCUGCGCUUGCUUGAUGCCUCAAAUGAGGAGGCUGAUGCUCUUCUACAGAAUGCAAGAUACGUACUUCAGAAUGUCCAUGGUGACUCGUGAAGGUAAACUUCAAUUUAAAGCAUGAAUUUCUUUACUUCUCUCUAAUUUCACUAUGAUGUAUUUAGACAAGAUUUGUGGUAUUUGAAUAUUUCUGCUGAAUAUGAACGCUUCAACAUGGAUUACAUUUUUGACAUAAGAAGCCUAUGGUUCUAGGCUGUCCUGAGACAUAUUACAUGAAUACUAAGUAGCCUUCAUGUUG